GUGUGAGAGAGAGAGAGAGUUCCUGACUCGGAGCAGUCCGCAUCUCUCCCGCCCACUGCGCGCUGGGUAAUAAACCGGGUUUGCCGGGAGAGACGGGGGAAGAUGGCGGCCACUGACCGUUCCAGGUCCGAAGCUGCGAAGCAGCGGCGUCAGGAUCAGCUGCGGCGGUGGCAGGGCUCGGAGACGGACCGGACCGGCGCUGAGAUGCGGACUCGGGCUGUGAAGUCCGCUAAAGUGCGCUUCGCGCAGGGCGCGGUGUUUAUGGCCGCCUGCUCGGCCGGGGACCGGGAGGAAGUGGCGGAGCUGCUCAGACAGGGAGCCGAGAUCAACCACGCGAACGUGGACGGACUCACUGCGCUGCACCAGGCUUGCAUCGACGAGAACGCUGAGAUGGUGCAGUUUCUGGUGGAGAGCGGUAGUGAUGUGAACCGAGGGGACAACGAGGGCUGGACGCCCCUUCAUGCAGCUGCUUCCUGUGGCUUCAUCCAGAUCACCAAGUACCUGAUAGAGCACGGCGCACAGGUGGGAGCAGUGAACAGCGAGGGGGAACUUCCUUUAGAUGUGGUCACGGAGGAUGCAAUGGCACGGCUGCUAAAGGCAGAGAUCAAAAAACAGGGUGUGGAUGUGGAGCAGGCGAGGAGAGAGGAGGAGAGGGUGAUGAUGCAGGAUGCCACGGCUAUUUUGGCAGGAACUGGUUCUCUGGUGCCUCAUCCCAAUACUAAGGCCACGCCGCUGCACGUAGCCGCGGCUAAAGGCUACAUCGAAGUGCUCAAGGUGUUACUGAAGUGUAAGUUGGAUGUGAAUAGUAGGGACUGUGAUGGUUGGACACCUCUGCAUGCUGCUGCUCACUGGGGGCAGGAGGAGGCGUGCAACCUCCUGGUGGAUCAGAUGUGCGACAUGAACGCUGUCAAUAACGUGGGUCAGACGGCUCUCGAUGUUUCCGACGAGAAUCUAGUGGACAAGUUGGAGGAGCUGCAAAAGAAGCAAAAUGCAAUGCGUACAGAGAAGCAGAAGAUCCAGAUGCCUGUUAUUGAAACCAGUCCACCCAUUUCUAUGGCACCAGUCCGUCCUCGCAGGACGUCCAUCUCUCGUAUGAGCAGCAAGGAGAAGAUCACGUUGCACGAGCGAGAGAAGCACCCUCCACCCGCCCUCCAGACUCCACCCGCGGAGGAAGAGGAGGAGGAGCCGCCAAACACCCAGAGCCGUCCAGGUGCGCCGUCCAAAGCCUCCAGCAGCUCCAGCUCAGAGGAGGAGAGCGAAUCGGAGAGCGACGCUGAAUCAGAAAAAGCAAAAACCAGGGAGUUGAUCAACAACUUGAACAACAAGCGCAACAUCGCUGCUCCUAUAACGACCACAAGCACGACCAGCAGCACAACAAACCAGGUUAAAAAGCCGGAGCCGACCCGGCCCGCAGUGAGUGAAGCUCCGGGGUCGUGGAGGACGUCUCUGCGUAAAGCUAGCAGCUCGGUAACACUGGGAACCUCAGGCGCAUCUGAUGCAGCCACAGAAAACCCACGGGGCACCGAAAACACCUCAAGCGUCGGGAUGUCCCGCUCAGCCUCCAGUCCGAGACUCAGCUCGGACACUGACACAAAGGAGCCCAGGUUAGCCCGAGUGCGGCCCACUCCGUCCAGACGUCUGUGCACCAGCGUCGGAAACAGUGAAAUCGGCAGCACCUCAGACAACCCCAGCAGCUGGUUGAGCAGGAGCUCCUCAUACACACGAAGGCUGAACAGCCAGUCAGGCAGUGAGCCGGCAGCACAGAACCCCUCUUUACCUCGCAGCUCAUCUUAUGGAAGGAAGCUCGAUGACUCUUCAGUGACCUCCGUCACCACACAGGGAACAUCUGGACUCGGUCGCCUCAACAAUAUAGUGGCUCAGAGGUUAGCUCAGGAAGAGUCCGAAAAGAAGGAACCCAUAUCCACGACAAUCUCCUCGACAACAGGCGAGCAGGAGACGAAGCAGAGGCGGAGAUCAUAUCUGACCCCAGUACGUGAUGAAGAGGCUGAAGCUCAGAGAAAAGCUCGCUCCAGACAUGCACGUCAGUCCAGACGCCCUACUCAGGGUGUAACACUGACUGACCUCCAGGAAGCAGAGAAGACAAUAAAGACUGAAAACAAGGGAAAAGAGAAGACUAAGGAGGAAGAGGAAAAAGAAGCAAAGCAGAAGAAGGGAGAGGAAGGGGAGGUGAGUUGGAGGUCUCGUAUUGCAAACUUGCAGAAGUCGGAUCUGCUGGGACUCACUCACCCUCCUGGUGCACCUCGUCCUGCUGACAGGAGAGAUGCAGAGGACAGUCUGGCUGAAAUUGAGGAGCGAGCGAGGGAGAGGAGGCGAGCAAGAGCUCGGAGGAGAGAAAGAGCAGGAGAGAGUGAAGAUAACGAGCCUAGUGCAGAAGAUGAGAGCAGAGGUGGGCCGGACCCACAGGUAGACCGAUAUAUUAGCAGCAGGUCUAAUCCAGCCCUCAAUGACUGUCUCAUGGCAGGGGGAUCAGAUGUUAAAGAUUAUAAAAGGUUGUUUGAGAGGUUGUCUAGGGAGAACACUCAGCUGCAGGCUCAACUACAGGACACACUGAGGAGUGUGUCUGUGACUAGAAUGGAGCUGGAGAAAGCAACGCAGAGGCAGGAGAGGUUCAGUGACUGCACUGCUCUUUUGGAGUUGGAGAAAAAGGAGAAGGUGAUGUUGGAGAGACGAGCAGCAGAGUUAGAGGAGGAGCUGAAAGUAUUGGGGGAUUUAAAAGUGGAUAAUCAGAGGCUGAAGGAUGAAAACGGAGCGCUCAUCCGUGUGAUCAGCAAGCUCUCGAAAUAGACAAUGAGAACGCACAAGUGAACGAACGAGAGGGAGAACAGAAAAUAGAACGAGGCUCGGAGAGAGACAAUCCACCCCUUCCCCCAUCCUCACAUCCUGUGCCAAAGAAUUAGCUGUGUGAGAGAGAAAGGGAACGAAAGAAUGAUGGAGCACAUCACUUCUUUUUUUUUUCUUUUCUUUUUAAACGUACACCGUUUAAAUGAACUGCAUUUUGGCCUGAACCCUACCUGUCUUGUCUGAGAGGGUGUGUGCACACGAAUAGUAAACUACUCCAACACAUGCACAUCCAGUAGGAACUCCGAUUGCCCCCAUGUUCGGGAGUCUAGUUGGAAAUGUAUGCACACACUUGGCAGGCUUGUGCGUGCACAGAAGGCAUUCGCAUGAGUGCUACACACAUUCCACACCUCUCGGGCUCCUUUAGGUCUGCAGUAAUUUUGCACUUUGCAUACACUUCUCUCUCAUACACACACACAGGCUGAUUUAGUUUCUUGUUGUGUAAGUUGCCAAUUCUAUGUCCACUUUGUUACCCAGUACUGGCUAAAAGUACAGCCAUACAAGCACUCCAAUCAACGACGAGACCAGUACAAUUCUCUCACACACGCGCAGUCGGGGAAAUCUGUGCAAAUCCACUUUACUGUUGUGCACAAGCCUAUCCUGCUAUGCAUUGUGUAUUUUCUUACACGUAUUGAUAUAAAGGUGAAGAAAUAGAAUAUUGUUUUCAUGUGUUUUUCGUCAAUUCCUCGCACCUGUUGUUCAGCAUCGAGGAUGGUAACUUUGUUUAUUAUAUAAAUGGACAUAUUCCCUUAAAAUAAUAAUGUCAAAAGUAACGUGAUACCCAUGUGUUUUUAAUAUAUAAUAAAUGAAUUUCAGCACUUAAUAAAAA